AUGAUUCAAUAUUUGGUUAUUUUGCUAGCAACGGCCGCCAAAGUCGUCACGGCGGCGGCUUGUGCCGGAAACAGCGCAGGCGACCGCAUGCAGUGGUGUGACUACUCCGUGGCAACCGACUAUUCCACUACUGUUGUUGAUACUUCGGUCACCAGGGAGUACUGGCUAGAGUUGACAGAUGUUGUUGUAGCUCCUGACGGCUUCUCUCGGCCUGCUAUUGCUGUCAAUGGCAGCAUUCCUGGACCAACCCUGUUUGCUGAUUGGGGGGACACUGUGGUUGUGCAUGUUAGCAACUCUCUAACAACCUCCCUCAACGGUACAAGCAUUCACUUUCAUGGUAUACGCCAAAAUUAUACCAAUGAAAAUGACGGAGUGGUAUCCAUUACACAAUGCCCUCUUGCCGUCAACCAAUCAACCACGUACACUUGGAAGGCCACGCAGUACGGCACUUCUUGGUAUCACUCACAUAUUGGCCUCCAGGCCUGGGAAGGAGUGUUUGGGGGCAUCAUCAUUAAUGGACCCGCCAGUUCAAACUACGAUGAAGACCUCGGAAUGGUCUUUCUAAACGACUGGGACCACCAAACGGUGGAUGAAUUGUACUCCGUGGCCCAAACGGCCGGACCGCCCACGCUCGGCAACGGGCUGAUCAACGGCACCAAUGUCUACGGAUCUGACGACAGCUCUUCCCAAACAGGGACUCGUUUCAAUGUAUCGUUUACCUCGGGACGGUCUUAUCGCCUGAGACUCCUCAACGCGGCAAUUGAUACACACUGGAAAUUUUCCAUUGACAAUCACACAAUGACGGUGAUUGCGGCAGAUCUCGUACCAAUUCAGCCCUUUACAGCCACGGUGUUGAAUAUCGGAAUCGCCCAACGAUACGAUGUCAUCGUGACGGCCGACCAAGCAUCCAUAGCCGACAACUUUUGGAUGCGUGCAAUUCCCCAGGCCGCCUGUUCCGACAACGAAAGUUCCGACAAUAUCCGAGGCAUCGUAUACUACGGCGACAGUCCUGCAACGCCCACGACAACGGGAUACAAUUAUACAGAUGGCUGCGACGACGAAACAGCCAAUCUGGCACCCUACGUCAGCAAGUCGGUGUCGGAUGCAAAUUGGAAUGACCUCGAGCAGGCAACAGUAGGCACCAAUAGUGCCGGACUGUUCAAGUGGUAUCUCAACAGCACAACGAUGCUCGUCGACUGGGCGAAUCCGACGCUGCAGUCGGUGCUGAACGGCACAACAAGCUACGAGACUGACGAUGCCGUCAUACAGCUCAGCGACGCCGACCAGUGGGUAUACCUCGUCAUAGAGACUGCCAUAGGAGUGCCUCACCCAAUCCAUCUACACGGACACGACUUUUUCGUCCUCGCCCAAGGGUCGGGCACGUACUCGUCGGACACUGUUGCUCUCAACACGGACAAUCCUGCGCGGCGCGAUACGGCAAUGCUGCCCGCGUCGGGAUAUCUCGUGCUGGCGUGGCAGACGGACAAUCCGGGAGUUUGGCUAAUGCACUGUCACAUUGGGUGGCACACUUCCGAGGGAUUCGCGUUGCAGUUUAUCGAGAGGCAAGGCGACAUUGGGGCCGUGACAAACGCAACCUACGUGGAUAACGUGUGCGCAAAUUGGAACGCGUAUCAGAGAAUCGCAAGUAUAGAGCAAGAGGAUUCGGGCGUCUAG